GCAGCAGGUAGUGAAGGGGCAGAUCCGCGGACCAGAUAUCAGUGUGGGGCUGCUUAGCUCACACCCCUCGGUUUUUUCUUUUCUUAUUCUCCUCGGAUUCUCGCCUCCGUGGCUCUUCCCUGGCGAAACCAUGGUGGCUAAAAACAGAAAACAGACCGGAAAGAGUCCAACGACCCAGGCUGACCGGAGCCCGCUUGUUUCGCCUCCUGCCAAAAGUAACGGCAGGCGAGCAGGCAAAGCUUUCAACGGCUCCCAUCCUAACGGGCUCAUCAGACACAAGCUGGGGCUAACUCCUUCUGCAGUCGGGAAGCUGGGUGUCACUCUUCUGCUCGCUGCUCUGACUGGGUAUCUCCACUGGCAUCAUCUCUCACAGCUGUUUGAGAAUGACAGACACUUUUCACACUUGUCAAACCUGGAGAAAGAAAUGGCUUUCCGGACAGAAAUGGGUCUGUAUUAUUCCUACUAUAAGACCAUUAUAGAAGCUCCCUCUUUCCUGGAUGGCCUCCACAUGGUGAUGAAUGAUCGGCUGACAGAGCACCCUCUGGUUAUUAACACGCUGCAGAGAUUCAAUCUGUAUCCAGAGGUGGUCCUGGCCAGCUGGUUCCGGAUGUACACGGGUGUCAUGGGAUACUUUGGGAUUCCCACAAAGAUGUGCUGGUCCAUCAACAGAGGGGAGGGGCUCACUCCCGUGGACAGCUGUGAAGGGAUGGGCGACCCGGCAUAUUUCUACGUGACCUUCGUGUUCCUGCUGAACGGCGCCAUGAUGAGCCUGUUCUUCAUUUACGGCGCCUACCUCAGUGGCAGUCGACUGGGCGGCGUUGUGACCACGAUGUGUUUUUUCUUCAAUCACGGCGAGAGCACUCGUGUGAUGUGGACUCCGCCCCUGAGGGAGAGCUUCGCCUACCCUUUCUUAGUCCUGCAGAUGCUCAUUCUCACCUACAUCCUACGGACACGGAGCCCGAGCAGGACAGCCCUGGUCGCCCUGGGCAUAUCCAAUCUGUGCUUUAUGCUGCCUUGGCAGUUUGCCCAGUUUGUGCUGCUCACUCAGGUGGCUUCUCUGUUUGCUUCUUACAUCCUUGGUUACCUCUGCGCUGCCAAGAUGCAAUCCAUCCUCGUCACUCAUAUGAUCACCCUCGCUGUCUGCUUUGUCCUAAUGUUCGGAAACUCCAUGCUGCUCACGUCCUUCUACGCCUCCUCGCUCGUCUCCAUCUGGGCAAUCAUCGCAUUGAGGGAUCGAUUUGCUCAACUCUUCAAACCUGGCAUCGUCAUGUGGGUCAUGCAGGGCUUGGCUUGGGUCGGCUCCACAGUUCUGCUCAAAUUCCUGCUGUCCACGGUCCUCUGCGCCUCAGAUGAUGCGCACAUCAGUGGACUAAUAAAGUCUAAGUUCACGAGCUACAAAGACUUCCACACUCUGAUGUACACGUGUGCUGCAGAGUUUGACUUCCUGGAGUUAGAGACCCCUUUAAAAUACCUUAAAACGUUGCUGCUGCCCAUCAACAUGCUGGUGGUCGCUGUCAUCGCCUGGAGGACUUUCCAGGAUAUUGUCCGGUUCCUGAGGGACGGAGGGAAGUCUGUGAAGCCGGAGGAGGCUGAUGAGGCUUCAGGGUCUGAAAUAGCCGCAAAAGGAGAGAUGGUGUACCACAGCCUGCAGCUGCUGGCCUUCGCCGUCCUGGCCGUCCUCAUCAUGCGUCUGAAGCUCUUCCUCACGCCACACAUGUGCAUCAUGGCCUCGCUCAUCUGCUCCAAACAGUUGUUUGGCUGGGUCGGGGACAGGUUUAAACACCAGGUGGCGGUGUUUGCGGUCAUGGCCAUCAUGGCGGUGCAGGGCGUGGCCAACAUGCAGGCGCAGUGGGCGAUCAUCGGAGAGUUCAGCAACAUGCCUCAGGAGGAGCUGCUGGACUGGAUCCAGGAAAACACCCCGCCUGAUUCUGUGUUUGCCGGAGCCAUGCCCACCAUGGCCAGCGUGAAGCUCUCCACAGGGCGGCCCAUCGUCAACCACCCCCACUACGAAGACGCUGGUCUGAGGGAGAGAACCAAGCUGGUGUACUCCAUGUACAGCCGCAUGUCUGCAGACACAGUGAAGGGGAACCUGGUGACGUUGGGGGUGGACUUCUUCGUCCUGGAGGAUUCCUGGUGCACCCGGAGAACCAGGCCCGGGUGCAGCAUGCCAGAGAUCUGGGACAUUGAGGAUUCCCAAAACGUUGGUAAAGUUCCCCUUUGCACCCACAUGUCCAGAAGCUCACGACCCCACUUCACCACAGUCUUCUCCAACGACAUCUACAAAGUUCUCAAAGUCUCCAAAGAUCUCAGAUAACACCGUGAGAUGGACUAGUUCAGCACCUGUUGAUCUUUCACUAGGUUUUGAUCAGUCACUGACAUUGCUGCUUUUUACUCGAAGCCCAACAGUUCCCCCUCUUUGCGGUGCUUUGAUUCACUGAGCGGUUGGACAUUUCGCCCUGACUUCUCAGUAUCUGUGGACUGUUGCCAACCAUCUUUACUGUUGCAUUGUUUUCAUACAGCAAUGUUUCUAUUACGCCAAAAGGUUUCCUAGCUUUUUAUUGUUCCCUUGGUUCUGUCAUAUAGAAUUUGUACUUUCGGAAACAGUGUUUUCAAAGACAUGCUGUUCAUACAUCAGUAUUAUUUCUUAAUGUUAGGAAUUUAUUUUCUUUGACUUUGGCUUAAGAAGUACAUUUUGUCUGGCAGGCCCAAUCAUUGAUGUCCACAUACUGUGAAGCAAUACCCUUUGCAAACUUGACAAAAUCUGACUUCUUCUAUUGUUCUGCACAGUGUUGAUCUGGGGAAAGAUUCUUCUGUAGUACGCUAUUUUUAUAAUGUAUUUGUGUGUAAGUAUUUUUAUGCAAAAGUUGUUGAAAUGUUUCUUUAGAGGCCAGCAGUGUUUAAAGAGUCUUUGGAAAAUGAUGUUCCCAUGUUUGGAAGCUUUGAAAUACAAUUUCUACUGCAUAUCAUUCAGCUUUCAGCAGGCAAACUUUCAUUCCUAAUCCAGUUAUAAAAUGACAGAAAGAGUUGUGUUUUUUUAUGGCAAAACAAGUAGACUGCCUCUAACUGUGCCCUGUCAGAACUUUUUUGUAAAUACCCAAACUUUUUGUAAAAUUCAACUGUAUGGCCUUAACAAGGUUCUCUUUCUUUCUUAUUGUAUUUCUUUGCCAAAGGAAGUCUUGUUAUUAAAGCUGUGUAUUUGGGUUGCUGUAACGGUUAGUGAUCAAAAGCUAUCAGUUAGUAGGUUUUGUAAAAGUCAACUCAACCUAUUUGUAGCAGUAGAUUUCAUGUAAAUGGUAGCAGUCGUUGGUUCCUUCUUCGUGGCACAUUAAUGACCAUUCAAUAUUUAAUGAAAUAGGUUUUAUUGCUUUCUUCCCGAGAUGUACUAAUGCACUCACUUAGGUAUCCCUCUCCCAGCUAUGGGAUAGCCAGCUGACAGCUAGCUGACAGCCAACUGACAGCCAACUGACCGCUAGCUGACAGCCAACUGACAGCCUGCUGACAGCUAGCUGACAGCCAACUGACAGCCAACUGACAGCCAACUGACAGCCAGCUGACAGCUAAAUUCCACUGUAAAAAAAAAACAUUAAUUCAAUUGCAGGCUUUCCCCAUGAGAGGGCGCUUUCUACAGAAAAACACAUAAGCGGCUCAGGCAUACAGAGGAAACUGGUCUUUGUUUGGGCCUCCAGACAUACAUUAGUUGUUUGAACUUUAAUAUUGUCUGUGGCCCUUCAGUUAUCAAGAUACCACUCUUACAGACAUGAUGGGGAUUGAUCUUCUGAUCUAACUUUGGGUAAGAAAGCUUUCAGAUGUCUUUCAUAAUAUUUGUCUAUUUUGUCUGUAUUUAAAAAAAAUAAAAAAAACCUGCCUUCA